GCCCUGGACAGAGACAGGGUGGGAGAAGAGCAAGGGAAGGGGGCAGAACCUGAGAGGAGGUCCCGGGUCCCUCUGGCUUGGGACAGGCCGUACAAAACAGACUCAGCUCUUGCAGGCUGAGGAGUCACUUCCAGAGGUGACCUCCUGGGAAUCUCAGUUUCCUCAUCUGUGGUUGGAAAAUGAGGUUUAGGGGUACAGACUUAGUGAAACCUGGGUCAGUGCUUUGAGCAUGCUGAUAAGGUGGUUCUGAGUGGAUUUUACAGAGAUGAUGAGAGCCUUGGGAUACCCUCGACAUAUUUCUAUGGAAAAUUUCCGCACACCAAAUUUUGGACUUGUAUCUGAAGUUCUUCUCUGGCUUGUGAAAAGGUAUGAACCUCAGACUGACAUACCUUCUGAUGUUGAGACGGAACAAGACCGAGUUUUCUUUAUUAAGUCAGUUGCCCAGUUCAUGGCCACAAAAGCACAUAUAAAACUCAAUACUAAGAAGCUUUAUCAAGCAGAUGGGUAUGCAGUGAAAGAACUAUUGAAGAUCACCUCUGUCCUUUAUAAUGCUAUGAAGACCAAAGGGAUGGAGGGCUCUAAAAUAGGAGAGGACGAUAUCAGCAAAUUCAAGUUUGAUCUUGGCUCAAAGAUUGCAGAUUUGAAAGCAGCCAGGCAGCUUGCUUCUGAAAUCACGUACAAAGGAGCAACUCUGUAUGACUUGCUGGGCAAGGAGGUAGAGUUGAGGGAACUGAGAACAGAAGCAAUUGCUAGACCUCUGGAAAUAAACGAGACUGAAAAAGUGAUGAGAAUUGCAAUAAAAGAUAUUUUGGCUCAGGUUCAGAAGACGAAAGACCUGCUCAAUAACGUGGCCUCUGACGAAGCUAAUUUAGAAGCCAAAAUUGAAAAGCGGAAAUUAGAACUGGAAAGAAACCGGAAGCGACUCCAGACUCUGCAGAGUGUCAGGCCAGCCUUUAUGGAUGAAUAUGAGAAGAUUGAGGAAGAAUUGCAAAAGCAGUAUGACAUUUAUCUGGAGAAAUUUCGAAAUCUAGCUUAUCUCGAACAGCAACUCGAGGAUCAUCAUAGGAUGGAGCAAGAGAGGUUUGAGGAAGCCGAAAAUACUCUUCGUCUGAUGCAGAACAAGCUGAAGGAAGAAGAAAAGCGACUACUCAAGAGUGGAAGUCAGCCAGGAGAGCCCGAAGCUGCCCUAAGUGAUAAGACCGCAUGGAAUUUCUCCCCUCCUGGGAGGCCUGGCACAGGUAAUGAUGACUCGGAUAUUGACAUCCAGGAGGAUGAUGAAUCUGACAGUGAACUGGAAGAGAGACGGCUGUCCAAGCCACGGACAGCCAUGGAAGUGCUCAUGCAAGGAAGACCUAGCAAACACAUCGUGGGCACAAUGCAAGGUGGAGACUCCGAUGACGAUGAAGACUCAGAGGACAGUGAAAUUGACAUGGAAGAUGAUGAAGAAGACGACGAUUUGGAAGAUGAGAGCAUUGCUCUCUCUCCAGCUAAAUCUAGUCGAAGGGUCCGGAAACCUGAGCCCCUGGAAGAGAGUGACAAUGACUUCUGACUUUCUUGCCAAGGGACCCAUGCAGAUUAAAACCCACAGAUUUGUAGGUAAAUGAGAAUUUAGAAGGUUAGAAAGGAAACAUAUUUUGUUUACUAAGUCACUUGGACUUAUUGUUCCUGAAGUAUUACCUGUUUUUCGCUUUAGCCUCCUAUGUGUUGCUCCAUGAAGCUCAAACAAGAACCAGAGCAAACUCCAAAGAUGAUUUUUUUUGCCUUAUCUCCUAAAAGAUGGGAAAUAUGUGUGUGCUUAGUGACUCACAUCCACAGGACAGAAACUUGAGGAGAAAUAGAUUCUAUGUAAGUUUUGAUUAUUAUUGUCAUCACAUCUGUCCUCUAAGAGUCAGUGGGACAAACCGGGGCUGGCACUGCACAUAAGGACUCAUUUUAGGAAUCAGUGUCGGACUAUUAGUAACUUGUACAAUUCAGAGGCUUUUAAUUCUAGCUUUUAUUCCAUUUCAUAGUCUUUUUUUUCCUGCAUGCUCACAAUACCAAGCUUUAAAUGUAUUUUACUAAAAUUUUCUGAAUGAAAUUUAGUUAAGUCAGAUGAAAAUCAACUUUCUUUGAAAAUUAGGCAACAGAAGAUCCUCCCGAUUAUAAAUACUCCAUUUUCUCUCAGAAGGCCAGCAUUCCUUUUUAGGAAAGUUGACUUAAAAAAUAAACCAAAAUUGAAAUGGGUAGAGUAACACUAGAAUUUCCCUAUUGUGAAAAGACAAGUGACAGAUAGGUGGCAUUUUUUGUUUGUUUGUUUUUUGGAAAGCGCAGAACAGUUUUCUUUGUUUUUCAGUUAUAAAGUCAAAAGACUUCUGAAGUUACUUAUCUUAAUAAAUGUUUUUAAUAUCACAUUUUUAUAUUAUUAAAUAAAUUUUACUUGAAAAUGUAA